AUGAUUUUUUUGUUUCUCUACUCCAUCAUAAGUAAAACUGUAUAUUUACGUGGUGAAUGGGGAAAUACAUAUCCUGCCGAAGAGGCUGAGUCAUUUUUUGAGUAUCUACAUCCAGAAUUACUCGAAAAAGUGCGUCCAAUCUUAUGGAAUAAUAUGAAAGCACCAAAAGAACACGUCUUUUCCAAAUUGAUUGGAAUUGUCGAUCCUAAAAUAUUGAAUUUAUUAGAUUUUGCCCUUAAAACAAGAUAUUUCAAUCCAAAAGCAAUCUCUAAAAUACCUGAAAAGCGAGAAAAUAUUACUUUAAACAUGUGGGGUGCUGUUAAACGCGAAUGGGGCCAGAAUCUUGACCAAGAUAUGAAUUUGAAAUUAAUUCAACUGACAAUGGAUGGUGGUGCAUUCAAAGAUAAAAUGGAUAAACUAAGAACAGUUGUACGCUCUUAUUCUCAAUAUUCUAGCAUUAUUAGUCAGGUUGCUUUAAAUUCUGAUGCAGAAAAAUACAAAUUUUUACCAUCCGGACAACAAUUCGCCUCUGUUAAUGGGCGAGUUGUCAAAUUCGAUGUAAUAGAAAUAGUAGGAGCCAUUUUUCAAGAAUAUAAAUUAUCAAAUACGAUAAAAAAGCUCAAUAUAGAGAACACUAACUUCCUUUACCAACGUCCUGGUAGACAUGUAUACCAUUGGUCGCCUUUAUGUGAGCAUGCGCCCGUUCUAGAGUAUCAUGAAAUGUGGAGAUCUCGUUCUAUGUGGGCAAAGACUCUCACACCUAAUAAUAACUACAUGGAAUUCCUCAAAUACAAGGACAACCUCGUUGAAACUCAGAUAUUUAUGAGAGUUGGAAAUCCAAAUAUUGCAUACGUCAUGGAAACGCUCAGGAACAUGGCAAACAAUCAGUUCCCAGGCAGAUUCCAUAUAUUCUUGUAUGGAAACAUGUCAGAUCCAACUGAAAGGCUUUGGGUUUCGACUUAUUGGAGAGUUUGUGAUUCUUCAGGUCCAAGAAUUGGUGCAACGUUUCUUUUUGAAGCCGUUACAAUGGGAUUCAAGAAAGCUUACAAGAGAACUACUUGCGAAACAAGUUGGCGCCAAGUCAAAAAUUUAUAUAAGCAAGAUUUCAUUAUGAAGCGAGCAGAGAUGGUUUGGGAUUACUGUAACAAACACAAGAUGAAUGGGUUCGCUUAUAACAUAAACGGAGAGUUCUUUUAUGAUGAUGAGGCGUUUGAAAAAUUUAAUGAUAGGAUAAUGGUCACUUCCAAGAGACUUAUGCAUGCAAUGAAGCAAGGGUUGAAGACAGAUGAUCUUAAUUUCAACGAUUGGUACAGAACUGAUGGAUUAUUCGUAUCAGGUCGACCACCAAUAGAAAUUCGAGCUCAAAACAGAUUGACUAUCUCAGAUAAAAAUGCAGGAGUUGUAGAAACUGCUCUAACAGCCCUUUAUAAGAAUUUAGAAAACGGAAAUGACGUUGAAAAAGCGAAAUGUCCAGUUUUCUUGAUCAAUUAUAAGAAUCCGAACUUCACAGAUAGUGCUUGUUCCCAUGUGUAUAAGGUUAACACUAUAGAUCGUCAAGCAAAGGAGUUUUUCGGAGAUGUCAAAACAAUUAUUGGACCAUUCGUAUUCAAAGACGAGCUAUCGUCCGAACAAAUCGAUUACGUAAGCAGCCGUGUUAAUUAUACUUAUCACCACAGCCUUCCAGCUGUUAAUAUGCUUCAAAGACAUUUUAUUGAGAUAUUUAGAGCCGAAGAAGACUUCGCAAACAGAAAACGUGAUGCUAAACCAUCUGUUAAUGAGAAAUCCUUGAUUAAAAGUCGCCAAGGCCAAGUAACUUUCACAAUAAUUGCAAAUUUCGCAUUAAGAACAAUUUGGCCGAUCUCUGAGCUCCUGCACAUGCUCUCUGAUGUUGAAUUAGUUGGUGUAGACCUCUAUCCAUCAGUUAUUGCUCAAGAUCACGACUCAAUCAAACAAAUUUCAACAGGAACAUAUUUUCCAGCCUUUGCAACACCAUAUGCUGAUGUUCCUGUCAAUGAUUUCGGAAUUCUCAGGCCUUCCACGUGGGAACUCCGUCAUCAAAAAGGAAAUUUCACUGUUCCUGGAAUAGUUAUUACCGGAUACAUCGAAAACGUGUCAAUAAUCAAGAUCAAAGACGAAUACAGGAAGCCAUUUGAGACAGGCUACUUCGCUGUUGUCUUACCACCAGGAAUACAUGAAUGCCAAGGCUUCGAAUAUAAGAAGUUUUAUGUAGAUUCAUUUAUUCCUGAAGUUAAAAUUUACAAACCAGGAAAAACAGUUGAAGACAUUCCAUCGAAUAACAACACAGCCUUGUUCAUGUUCAUGUGGUAUCCAGACUCUUAUUGGAGAGCGCGUGUUUCUUUAUACACUUUUCUUUCGAAUUGUUCCACGCCAACCAUAUAUUUCUUGGAUCCUUUCGUUUCUCUUUACGCUCCAAAAGACUAUGUUUCAAUCAUUUUACCAGUGUUUACUCCACAUUUCGGUCCGAAACCAUCAUCAAAUCUUUUGUUUGUAAAAGGCGGAAAGUACUAUUAUCCAGGCCUUUUGAUGCAUUCUUUCUACGACAAAAUAAUAUUUGCAGAUGAAGCAUUAGUUUUCAGAGGAGAUGGAACAAGAAUCGCGAGAGUUGACUGGAAGAAUGCUUCUGUUUGUGCUGUUGAAUACCCUGACAAAAACAAAAACAGCAACAUUAAUUCGUGGUCACUCAAAACAAUGAGAAUUGGAAGGCCUUAUCAUACACCUGCUUUGUUGUGUUACUGUUUGUCAAUGUACACGAAACAGAGAGGUCCUGAAUACUACUUGGAUCUGAGUAAAACAAAGGCAAGAGCAAGAACAACAAUGGGAUUUGGCGAUGAAGAAUACUUGAAUUUGCUUCAAUUGAAAGUUCAGUUUUUGACACUUCCAAGUUCUGUUGUUUACGACGCACAGUUCAUGAAGAGGAAGCUGGCGAAGAACGCAAUUGCUCACAUAAGAUCUUGUGAUAAUUCUGAUAAAUGGUUGGGAACAAAGAUAAGAGUUCUUAACAAAGAAGUUGACAAUUAUUUCAAUGAGUUGUAA